AUGGAAGAAAAGAAUCAGACCUCAAAGACUGAGUUUCUCUUCCUGGGCCUCACCGAUCAUCUCCAUCAGAAGAUUGUCCUCUUCGUCAUCUUUCUCUUUGUUUAUCUUGUCACCCUGGGGGGUAACCUGGGCAUGAUCACUCUCAUAUGGAUGGACCCCAGGCUGCACACACCUAUGUACUUUUUUCUCAGCCACCUGUCCUUUGUAGAUGUGUGCUCCUCUUCUUCCAUAGCCCCGAAGAUGCUGUGCGACAUCUUUGCAGAGAACAAAGCCAUCUCUUUAGUGGGCUGUACUGCACAGAUGUGGUUUGUUGGCCUUUUUGUGGGAACUGAAUGUUUCCUUCUGGCGGUGAUGGCAUAUGAUCAGUAUACAGCCAUCUGUAAGCCCUUGCUGUAUACACUCAUUAUGUCCCAGAGGGUCUGUGUGUAUCUGGUUGUAGGGCCUUAUGCUUUUGCUAUUUUAAACAUCACAACUCAUACAACCUUGAUAUUUUGCUUACCAUUCUGUGGUCCAAACACCAUCAACCAUUUCUUCUGUGAUGUUUCCCCUCUGCUUUCCUUAGCAUGUGCUGACACCUGGAUCAAUAAGAUUGUCCUUUUUGUCCUGUCUGGAGCAAUAGGAGUGUUCAGUGGUCUGAUUAUCAUAGUUUCCUAUGUCUGCAUCUUGAUGGCCAUUUUGAAGAUUCAAACUGUCGAAGGGAAACAAAAAGCCUUCUCCACUUGUUCCUCUCACCUGGCAGCUGUUUCCAUCCUGUAUGGAACUCUUUUCUUUAUCUAUGUUAGACCCAGUGCAAGCUUUUCCUUGACCAUCAAUAAGAUGAUUUCCCUGUUUUAUACUGUGGUGAUCCCGAUGCUGAACCCCCUCAUCUACAGCCUGAGGAACAAGGAAGUGAAAAGGGCAUUCAGGAGAAAGAUGCCAAAGAAACGUUUUCCAGUAGGCAGGUAA